CCUAUCACGUAAAGCGUUUACUUUGGCGUCGUAACAGACAAUUCGAUUAAUUUACUUCGUUUUCAUUGCUCUUUGCAACAAUAAGCCAACGAAUAAACAGAUUUCUAAUAAAAUAUAUAAACUAUGUUAUAAACUGGAAAUAAAAAUACAAGAAUAAUGUUAAACAUUUUCAAAAAACACCUCUUUUAUGAAUCUAUACUAGCGCGAGUAUAGUUGUUGUCAAACGUAUACUAUUACCAAGGAAUAUUGUGCAAGGUAGCCAGUCAACUGAGUGGCCAGUCACCAUUUUAUAUACAUACAUAUUUACCAAAAAUUUCAAUACAGUUUUGCGUUGUUGAGUGAGGCAGAUGUGUCAGAGGGAUGGCGGAAAAAUCAUUACUUAAAAUUACAAACGGAAAGCAGUUCGAGCGGUUAGUGCAUUUGAUGCAGAAAAAUCCCCAAAUUGCCCGAGGAGCGCGAACAUAUGGACAAAGCAAGCAGCAAGUAGAGGAACAGUGGAACAAAAUUGCGGACGAGCUUAACAAUUUUGGGCCACCAUGUCGGACAGGCAAAGAAUGGCAGAGGGUAUGGAUUAACUAUAAGGCAAAAACCAAGAAAAAAAUGAGUGAUGAACAUUUUCAACCAUAUCCCUUAACCAAACUGGAACAAACGGUGGCCGCCCUACUACAAGCAGAGUUUGGCGAUAGUUUUGGUGCCGUAUCUGAUGAACCGCCAUCUGCAUCAAAUUCAUUCAGCAGCGCCAUUAAGGAACCAACGAAGGAUCAAUACACUUUAUUAUUGCAAGAGAUCGAAAGGAAGCCAGAAGUAGGUAAACACACACCAGCGUUUGGUCCACCACGCAAUCAAGAGGAUUGGGAAAGAAUAGCAAAAAAACUUAAUGCUAUAGGACCACCGGAACGUAGCAUACGUGAAUGGAAAAAAAUUUUCCGUAGUUUAAAAUUAAAUACAAAAAAGAAGAUUGAAGAAAAUGAAGAAGCGGCUUACCCCAAGCAUAUACUAACGGAAACUGAAAAGGCAAUGGGGAAGGUUCUUGAACUCAUUGAAGCUGAAAAACCGAUUGGUGAAACAUUUGGUGUACCUGCAGACAAAUCAUUGCCAAUGGUUACUAUCGCCAAAAUGUCGCCACCUUCAGCCACGGCUAUGUCCGAUGGGGGGGAAUCUGUUGAAGCAGAACCUAUGUCACCAUCAACAAAUUGCACGAUUGGCGCUCGUAAACGAAAAUCUGAGCAUCACAGUAGUUUUCUUUUUCGUCGUCAAUUACAACACCAAGUACAAUACAUGAAAAUAUCAAAAGAAAUGAUAGAAAUAAUGGACCGACAGAGUCUCUCACUACAUAAACUAACAACUGCUGUCGAGAGACAAGAAGAGUUAAUGGAGAGACAAUUGAAUUUGCUGGAAAGACAAACUGUAGCUAUUGAACGUCAAGCUGCUGCUAUGGAAAGAAUGGCGGAGUUAUAAUAGUUUUAUGGCUCUUUAAAGACUAAAAGUCUUUUUCAAUUUGAAAAAAGUUUUAAUUUUUUAAUAGGUAGUAAUAUUUUUUAUAAAAAUUAACAUAAUACAAGUUUUGAGAAUACCAAAAUACA